AUGGGCGCGACCAACUGCCGGCUGUGCGGUGCGCGCAAGGAGCAGGAAGAGGAGGAGCUGGACUACGAGCAGCUGAGCAUACGCGCGACGUAUGAGGCGGUGACCAAGGGCCACCUCCGAGAGAUUGGUGCGCUGUUCUCGGCAAUGGACAAGGAUGGCAGCGGGAAGUUGGAUGUCAGGGAGUUGCGGGCGGCGGUCACCCGAUUCAUGGGCAUACGGCCACGCGAGCUCGACGUCAAUUCGCUGCUCUUGGCCUUCGACACCCACGGUCACGCAGACGGCGAGAUAGAUUUUGAUGAGUUCCGCUGGUACCUGGCAGACUGGGCGCUCACGAUGAGGGAGAAUUGGGACCCGGACCAUCCGAAGGCGGGUGAGUUGGAGGGAGCUACCGCAGUGCUUCCGGAAGUCAUUUCAGACUUCGAGGCCAUUGUCAAUGAUUAG